CGCGCACGAAAUGUUCUGUCCCACUCUUGUGUGUAUCUCGUUUUGCGAAGCGGGCGCGCGGUCACACAGCUCGAGCCUCUGGAAUGAAUUGAGGCAGAAGGCAGGCACUUAUGGGAAAAGUAUGUGCACACAUGGACCGCAAACAUGGAAUAUUAUGAAAGAAAACGAAAAGGCAGCGCUGUCAUUUUCUACGUCUGAAUUCAGCGGUGACACCAAGUGCGAGGCUGUGGGUGACAGAAAGAACUUUUGGCUUAACAGCUCGCAGCUACGGGAUAUUUGCACAACAAUGGAAACUCCCUAUCAGUGAGGAACUUUGCUGCCCUGCACCCCCUCUUCCCUAUUUUUCUAACUAUUUUCCGUCUACUAUUUCCUUUUGCCCCUUUCUCCAUCUUCCUAAAGCCCUCCAGUUCAAUUGCUCUUUUCCUCCGAACCCCCUCUUUGUUUCAAACAUGGACUCCUCUGGAGAAAUAACCUCAGCCCAGGAUGGACAUCUGGACCCCAGUCGCAGCCCCAGUCGUUCUGAUCUCAGCGGACUGUACCAACUGGGUCGGACAUUGGGCAGGGGCCACUUUGCUGUGGUCAAACUGGCUCGUCAUGUCAACACUGGGCAACUGGUUGCUGUCAAGAUGAUUGACAAGACAAAACUUGAUGUUAUGGCAACAAGCCACCUCUUACAGGAAGUGAGGUGCAUGAGGCUGGUGCAGCAUCCCAAUGUGGUUCGCCUCUACGAGGUCAUCGACACGCCCACCACCCUGUACCUCAUCAUGGAGCUGGCCGAGGGGGGCGACCUCUAUGACUACAUCCUCCGUCAUGAGGGAGGCGUGGCUGAGGGCACCGCCAAGCGCCAUUUUGCCCAGAUUGUGUGUGCUGUGGCGUACUGCCACCAGCUCCAUGUGGUGCACCGGGACCUGAAGCCCGAAAAUGUGGUGUUCUUUCCCCAGCAAGGGGCAGUGAAGCUGACAGACUUUGGGUUUAGCAACCUAUUCCAACCCGGGACAAUGUUGGCCACCAGCUGUGGGUCGCUGGCGUACUCCGCUCCAGAGAUUCUGCUGGGAGAAGAGUAUGAUGCUCCAGCUGUGGAUAUCUGGUCUCUUGGCGUGAUCCUGUACAUGUUGGUGUGUGGAGUCCCUCCCUUCCAGGAAACCAACGACAGUGAGACGCUGGUCAUGAUUCUGGACUGUCGCUACUGCGUCCCCAAACAUGUUUCAGACGACUGCAGAGAUCUGAUCUCCAGGAUGCUCCAGAAGGAUCCGUCUUGCCGCGCCUCACUCGAGGAGAUCGAGGCUCAUCACUGGCUGCAAGGGCUGGAUAACACCUUGCUCAGCCCAGAGGCCCCCCCACACUGGCUCUCAGGGGCCCUCUCCCCCUGCUCUCCCCGCUCAGGAGUACCUGAAUGUGGGGACCUGCUCGCUGCAAGGCCCCCGCCUCAGCAGGCUUUCCCUGGCUCCUGGCAGCCCAGCCUCACCCUCCGUCCACCUCCGGCUGAAGAGCCUCCGGCCACCAAGAACCUGCCUGCGCUACAGCAGAUCUGUGAGGAGGAAGAAGAAGAAGAAGAAGAAGAGGAGGAGGAGGAGGAGGAGGAGGGCAGCUUGGCAAAGGAGGGUGAAGGUUUAGUAGCAGAGCCAGAGAAAGAAGCUGAGGAGAUGCUUGAUGGUGCAGAUAAUCAAGAGUGCAGGGAAGAGGAAGAAAAGCAGAAAUUAAGAAGCUUAGUGGAGAUAAUAGAGGAGGAAGAGGAGGAGCAGGAAGAGAUGUCGAUGGAAAUAGAGAAAGAAGACGGUGGGUGUGUGAUUUCAGACCAGCCUGUCAGAAAUGGAGACAAGCUGAUCAGUCAGACACCUGAAGCCCCACCAUCAUCUCUGCCUGGUUUGGGGGUACCGUGCUGUCAGGGGCAGCCAGACUCCACAAGCCCAGAGGAAGGAAACGACGAGGGGACAGAACCUAACAACAACACCAACAAACCUCCUCCUCUCCUCCCUGCAUCCUCUUCCAGACUCAUCCGGAACGAGAAAGAGGCACAAAAAACAGAAAGAGAAGGAGAACAAGACGAGAAAGCAGAGGAGGGUGGAAGAGAUGACCUCUUAACAGACAGAUCUCAAUCCCACAGUGCAUUGGGGACCCGGGAUGAGGCUGCUACGAGGGUAGAGCAGGGGAAACGACAUAGCAUAAAGCUGCGUGAGAGACUCUUUCAGUUUCCUCUGUGUGAGAAAGCUCUGGCCUUGAACAUACCGACACAUAACAAGCCCAAGAUCCUGCCGCUGACUCAGUACAACUGCUGCCAUGUGCUAUAAGUGAAAGCAGCCUCUGUGUUGCCUGCGGUGUGCUGCUUGCUCACUUGGGACAUGCAGACUGUUUAGCAGUGGGCAGGUGGCUGGCUACAGAGCACACACCUUGUGAAAUGGCAAACGGCUGAGCUCCCUGCUGAGCCUUUCUGCUACAGAGACCUUGAGGCAGGAGAGCAGAGGCCCUCAGCAUGCAAACCAAACGUGCAGGAUGGGACGUGUACAGC